AUGUCCGAAUCUCUGGUGCCCAAGGUUGUGGGUGUGGCCUCGCUGCUUAUUGCCAUGAUGACACUCUCUGUUUUGAUUCGAUUCUUCGUCCGCGGCUGUCUGUUGAGGAAGCUAGAUUGGGAUGACGGACUGGUCUUCGUCAGCUACGUAUGGCAGGCCUCUGACGAUGCUUCUGCGCCGAUCCUAACAACGCCAGUGCCUCACCAUGGUAUUCUGCAGCAUGUGACCAAAGUUGGAUUUGGAUCUCAUCAGUACGAUCUUUCCGACGCCGAGGUUGAACGAUUCUUCAAACUGCAAAUGGUGACGCCCGUCGCCUACAUUUGGGGCUUCGUCACCGUCAAAAUGUCCUUUGCUGUGCUCUACCUCGGCCUGCUCCCCGAUCUGCUCAACAGACGCAUCAACCAGGGUCUGCUGGUGCUCUUGAUGGCCGAGGGCAUUGAGGAGUCGCUGGUCAUCAUGUUGCAUUGCGUCCCCGUUGCCAAGGUCUGGGACCACUCGCUCGAGGGCAAGUGCCUGGACCUCAAACCUUUCUACUACGCCUCUUUUGUCGUCAAGUUCUUGACCGACAUUGUGCUCUUCGUGCAACCGAUUCCCGUGAUUUGGAGAAUGCAGCUGUCCAAGAUGAAGAGGAUAGGCGCCAUCCUCAUGCUAUCCAUCGGGCUCUUCGUCUGUGUCAUUUCGAUUGUGCGCGUCUCCUAUAUUGGGGCCAUCGGCCGUGACUUCACCUAUGGCAUUGUCAACCCCAUGCUGUGGUCGAUGGUCGAAGUCUCGUCCCUCAUCGCGUGUUCCUGCGUGCCGUCGCUGCGGGCGUUCCUGCGUUGCUUCCCGGCCAUCGACCGCGCGCUCGGCUUGACGUCAGAGAGGGAACUGUGGUCACCGUACAAGAUCGGGCGGUCGCCCAACGCAAACUCGCUGCCGCUGUCGCAGCGGAGCAAAUACAACCGGCCGAGGACGGGGUUGCAGAAGCCGGUCCAGUUUGGGCUCCAGAUGGGGACCGGGUCCGCCGUCUCGCGGUCGGACAGCUCGGGGAAGACGAGGACGCCGGCCGAUGAGGGGCCUGGGGGCAUCACGGUCACGACGGGGGUCGGGGUCGGGGUCGUCGUGGAGAUGGUCGAGGAUGCGCAUCUGGCGGCCGGGUGGCGGUCGCCUCGGGCUGGGGGGGAUGAGGUCGAGCUGGUUGGGGCGUUGGAUGAUAGCCGCGAUUCGUUGGAGUUUCGCCACGAGGACACGAGCUGGUUGUCGAUGCGGCUCUGAGUAGGUGAUUGAUACUAUUGUUCAGCUUUGGGAGGACAUGGUGAUUGUGCAUGAUUGUUGAUGAGACGGCUGCCAGGUAUUAUUCAAGGGGCUUGACAUGUCAACAAGCUGCUGGGAUUCCUCGGGGCUGCAUUGUCAGCCGAGAGCAAAGUUGUGUCCACUAUAGCAAAACACGGCCCCCAGUCCUGGGCGACAGCGAUAAAGUAGUCUCAGCAUCACCAAAGCAGCUAAACAGAUGGCACCUCUCGUCUCCCGUUUUGUCCCGUGUCUCAGGAGGGCAUAUCCACAAGGUCAUCGUGCACAUGACGCCGUUGCAGAGUAUCGAGCACCAAAGCCAACGUAAUCCUGGUAUUGAACGAUAACAGACUCGCUACAAACUCGCCCGUCUCCAGCGCCCGGCCGCGCCCUCUG